UCCACCCCGCGCCUCCUUUCUUUCCCACAUCCAUCCAUCUCCUCGCUGUCUCGCCCGAGGGAGAGAGAGAGAGCUGCCUCCUCCCUUCCAGAUCGCCGCUGGCACCUCCCUCCGGCGGAGCUGGCCGCCGUCCAUGGCCUCCCGCACGCCCUACUCCUCUCACCCAACCAAACCGCACAUCCAUGGCCACAUCCCCGCUCGAUCUCGUCGGGAACGAGGCCUCCAUCGAUCCAACCAUCCAUCCAUGCCCGCAGCAGCACUCCCGCCAUCCGUGCUCCUUCCCCAGCAGCGAGAGGCUUCGAGAGAGCCGAGGCGCGCCCCGAGCGGGGCGAUCCACCGUCCAUCCCAACCUCCUCCGCCCGCCUCCUUCUGUUUUCUGCGGGUCCUGCAGAUGGCGGCGACGGGCGUCGGCGCCGGGUACCUCGCCCCCAGCGUCCGCCUGCGCGCCGAUCCGGCGACGGCGGCCUGGGCGUCCGCCUGCGUCGUCCGCGCGCGGCUCCAGCGCGUCGCGCGGGGCCGCUACGUCGCUGAGCUCAGCAGGGAGGGCCCCGCGGCGCGCCCCGCGCAGCAGCAGCAGCAGCUGGCCCGUCGUGCCCGGCUUCCUCGCGCCGCCCCCGUCGUGCCCGGCUUCCUCGCGCCGCCCCCGUCGCGCCUGCCCAGUCGCCGUCCCCGACGCAGCCGCCCCUGCCGGACGGCGGCGUGGGGGAACUCGCCCCGACCUCCUGCUCGAAGUAGCACCAGUACCUUGCUGCUGUUGGGAACGGAAGGGAGCUGUUCCAUGCAUUGAAUCUGGGGAGAAAAUCACCUUCGGCAUGUACACCAUCACCUUGGGCAUGCUUGUGCCGCUGCUGCUCGGCCUCAACAUGUCCUGGAGUGCCAUUAGCGCCGCCCUCACGCUCAUCUUCCUCGACUUCAAGGACGCUCGCCCCUGCCUCGAGAAGCUGUGGGUUAAUGUUGGUGGUUUUGUUCUACUUGGAUGCAUUGGUACCCAUCAUCGAGCGAACGGAUGCAACAGCGGCAAGAAGCUCAUGGCUGUGUGCAUCUAAAGCACACCAUGGACACCAUCCACUUCCUCAUCAAUGCUAACUCAAUCCAGAUCAUCGUCGACACUAUCAUCCACAGGAUGACAGAGGAAGCCAUGUUGCUGUUUUGUUUGGUCUCAGCCCUGACUAUCGCCGUCGAGCUAGUCCGGCGUGUUGUUCAUCUGACUAUGGUUCCAGCCCUGACUACCGAAGUUUUUGUCCUGUUGAAGUUGCAUAGAAAUAUGAGAGAGUCCAGCGAGUCCAGGAGCUUGUAAAGUAGUACUAUAUUACACUUGUAGAGCUUGUAAAGUAUUGUAUUAUACAUGGCCCUUUGUACUGGAACGGAUAGAGCUUGUAAAGUAUUGUAUUAUGUGAUCUGGUUGCUCUUGUUUAAGUAUUA